UGAACUACUAAAGUCAUAGGGGUGUUCCUCUUGUUGCUGGCGCCGCGCCCUUCUGUCUCAUGCAAUUUUGUUCUAUGAGAAGUUAGCGUCAUGAUAACUAUUAGUAUAUUUAUUAGAGACAGACUAUUCUCGUUGCGUCCCUUUGCUAAGGUAUUAUUCAUGCCUGAGGUCAAGAUGCCAAAACGAAUUCAUCAUAUUGCCUCCUGACUUUGGACUAACUGACCUAAGUCUUUUCUCUCUUAGGAUCAAGGCCCUAAGUUUUCUUGCCCCCUCUAGUUUAGGAACCCUGCAAUCCCACCGGUAAAAUAAAGUUACCAUACUAUCAGAUUCAGAGCUUCAUCCUUCUCCUCACUCUUAUCCUCACACUCAAUCUCAGCUGCCACAUGGCGAGCUUCAUCAUUGGUUCGAUACCCCUCAUCGAACUUGAGAGGCGUCAUGCGUCAUUCUUGGGUACCCAUCAUAGAACCAUCUGGUAAAGUCCAGGUAUGUACGGAACUCUUCACUUGUAGCCACUACUGCCCGGAUCUAUAUGACAUCCUCAUGUCUGGUUCACCCAACGCCUAUAAGUUUAAUUAAGAAUACUAUUCUCUUGAGAGUCACAACCUUCAACUUAUAACUGUCCAUCCACAUUCGCAAUGUCUGUAGUCUUUGAAUCUCUUCUCAUCAAGUUCAAACCCAUCCUGGUUGAACACCCCGAAUCCCCUCCGGCUUCUUUCUCAUCUGUGACCGAUCACCUCAAGUCGAUUCCUGGGGUCGAGUCCGUUUACCUUGGCAGGCCCCUCGAGAAGCCUGAUUACUGGGUUCUGGGUAUCCGUUGGGCCUCGCGCCCUGCCUAUGGUGCCUUCGUUUCCGGCUCUGCUGCCACCGAUUGGUAUGCCUCUUUGCGCGCCCUGCUGACUGAGCACCCUAUCGUCAGCCCGAUCGCAGAGUAUACAGGCCGUGCCGAGCUCGCCCUCCAUGCACCCAUUACAGAGUUUUGUACCUGUUGGGGUGCUGAUGAAACCUUCACGGAGGAUAACAUGAAGCCAUUCGCCGUUGCUUGUGAGGAGGGUGGGUUGGCUGGGCUUCAUGGCUUGGCUUAUGGCGAAUUUGUACAAGGAGAACAUGAGAACCCUUCAGUUAUUCCUGGUCGAGCAUCCAGGCUACUGAUGGGUUGGGAUAGCAAAGAGGCCCAUUUGCAACACAAAAACAAUGGAAGUGUAAUUGAUGAUAACGUAUACUAUUUGCUUGCUCGGAAUAAGAGCCUUGAAAUAGUGAGCCAUCUAGGAAGUUAAUAGUGAGAGCCUGAGUAACUAACAUCUCAUGUAGUAUCAUGUCCCUUUCAAAAAGCUCUGAGAGACUCAGCUUCACGCCCAAAGCUUGCAGAUAAUAUCAGAUUGUUAUUGGAUUAAGUAGAGAACAAAAUAACACUGAGUCAAUGCGCCGUCGAAAAUCAGAUACCUUGAAAGCUGUCACUUGUCAAUGUGAGGCUCUCUCUUCCUGCCAAUAAGCACCGUCUUGUUUCCGUAUUCGUCCCGAUGAAAUGCGAUCCCGUCCUUGACACCAUUUCUAUACCAUUCAAUCAUCCUGCGACUUUUCUUACCCACCCUUGAAACUUCAUCUCAGGUGGGUGGAAUGGUCUUCUCAAACUUCUGAACUGUACCCGGUGGCCUGAUAUCGCCCUCAUUUUGAACCUCCAAAACACACUGCAUCCUCCUUUUAGCCUCUCGAUGUCCCCUGCAAAUAGCUUUCUGUUCGUCCUAUUCCGCUGAUCGCUCGAACGUCGUCGUACCGGUAUCAAAAAGUUAGAUACGAUGUUUCUCCGAUUCUGUAUUAGGAUUUCAAGGUUAGAAAUUUAAUUCUUGCUGGAUCUGUUUUGCACCUCACCAAGUCGAGAGUAGAGCAUGUACAAUGCCAUACGGUUACAUUCCUCCGUUCCGGUAAUAGUCACCAGUCGCUCGUUACUAUUGUCCUGCGGCUCGUUGAUCUUGAUCACGCUGUUGCUCAUUUGGCGGAUCUCGUUGAUCUUUUGUCCACCCUUGCCGAUGAUAGCACCGACCAUAUCGUUCGGGAUGUAAAUCUGCUGUGUGAUGGGCCCGCCGGGGAUGGCACCGCCCAUGGGCUGAGCUUGGGGAGCACCACCAUGAGGUUGAGGACCAGCAUGAGGGGCCAUGUGCGGUUGGGCGUGAGGAGCUGCGCCAUAGGCACCUCCCCCCUGAGCACCGCCAUAAUGCAUAGGCAUGGCAGGGUUGGCCUGAGCAGCUGCGUGGGGGUAUUGCUGAGGAUAAGGCGCGGGUGGCAUAUGGUGAGAUCGCCGGUCGUUGUGGCGGCCGUAAUUUUCACUUCGUCCGUAGUGGCCCGAGGCAGGUUGGGGUGAAUAGGGAACAACUUGCAUGCCGCCUGGGAUCGAGCCAGCAGGGGCGCCGCUACGGGUUGCGUAGGCAGACGCAGCAGGACCUCCAAACCUAUCGUUAAGCUGUUCGAGAAGGGUGCUGCCAACGUAGUAAGUUGCGAUAUGGACGGCAUCAGCGACACCCAUCACUACCAGCGAUCUCUCGCUUGACAUAGGUAAACAUGAGUCAGAAGCGUUCAACCGAGCACCAGAUGCCUCUUGGAUCUCACGAAUACGGGCACCACCCUUACCAAUGAUGGAGCCAAUCAAAAUGUGCGGAAUGAGUAGCCGUAAGGGAUAUGUUUUUGAAGAUGCGGUUGAGGAUUCGUUGAGGGGUUCGUUGUUCAGUGUUCGGAUGAUCAAGCCAAAAGCCUGAAUUGACGUUAAUUUGUAAACCAUGCGUCAGGAGAAUCACCAUACCUUAGCUACAGCGUCCACUAUACCGCUAACAGUAAGAAUACGUUCAACGGCCCCCUUUUGGUAGUCGCUGACUGUGCACUUAGCGUUGGAAAGCUUCCUGAUGUUGGAAACAUUCUCGCCCCCCUUUCCAAUGACGGUAGCUGCCUCCGGGCUCGAGAUAACAGCGCGAAUGUGAAUCCAUGAGGUCUCGUCAUGAGCAGCAGCAGACGUUACAGCGUUGGAUGCAGAGGCAGCAACUGUGGCGGCAGCGGCGGCCUUAGUGUCAGACGCAUGGUCCAAAGCGGCAUCGUCAUCAUCUUCAGACUUAUGGGCUCCGUUGACCUUAUCAUCGUGGUCCUCUGCAGGGACCUCGGUGGGAGCUUCAGGGACCUCAACAUCGUCGUCGUGCUUGUUCUUGUCGAGAGCAGGUCGUUUGGCGUCGGGCUGAUCACCAGCGCGUGAGGGCGAAGAAGCUUCUUCCAAAGGGCGUUUGGCCGACUGGGUUGGUUGUGUUGGGGAAGCAGACAUAUUGGAAUCGUUAUUGUUCACGCGAGUUUAAUCUUUCUGACAAUCGACAAUUUGAAAACGUCUCGUUCUUUCUAUUGUUCGUCUUAUAUACACUCAGGGGUUUUCGAAGGAAAACGUGCUGGUGUAGUGACUCUCGCUGGGUGUGCUUCGGUGAAAUACUCGUGAAGUGACUUAUGUCGCGUAAAGACGAUGCGUGUUGCGGGCUGAAUGGAAGGAAGAGGGAUUCGAGAUUCGGGCUCAAGGGCGGGUUCCAGAACUCUUUCAGCGGGCGUCGAGUAAUUACCCGGGAAGAUCUCCUAGAUAUAGGCGGGAGAGGAAGGGCGGAAUGAUUGUCUUGUGAUGCAAAUGUUGAAUGGUGGUGAGGAUAGGUGAAGCGAUCGAUACUGGGACGGACUUCUUAAAAAGCAAAAAGAGGCAGUGCUCAGCUCAAACCUUCUGACCCGGACUCGAGGUUUAUUGAUCGCAAAAGUCGCCAGAGUUCUGAGCUCAAGCGCAGAAUCUGGAGCACGAAGUAUCUCGUCGCGAAGCGUCGGAGGAUGAGAAGCUGAGACGAGAGAAGCAGGUUCUCAAAUGGAUCGGCGCGCGGUGUUUUAGAACUUUCGCUGUCGCAAUGGAUCCCAAUACCAGGGAAGGACCAAUCCAAAUCAAUCAGAAGAAAGAAAAAGAAAAACAGAAAAUCUCAGAAACGAUUACGAGGAAUCGCUGAGAAUGGAAAAGCGAGGAUCUCACGAGAGCAAUGGCAGGUGAAAAAGGGGGAGAAUGAAUAUGACACGACAAAAGGUCGAUGGUUUGGGGUGAGGAGAUG